AAACAUUUGAAACACUACCGUGAACACCGAGUCAAAGUGAGAGUGUACCAACAUAUUAACAUUUUUUAUUCUCAGAAUUCUUGUAUAAUAUGACGUUCCUGCAGAAUCUUGAAGCUAUUACCAAUCAUUUAAAGAAGACUUCGUCAUCAACUGCUGCAUGGAUGUCCUCACAAUGGAAGGGAGUGGCUUCCGAGUUUGUUGCUACACUGUUUCUGGUGACUUUCGGUUGUAUGUCAUGUAUACCCAUAUCGGGGCUACCAUACAACCCUCCGAUGUACGCGGCUCUCACCUUUGGCAUGACUAUCGCGAUAUGCAUACAGAUUUUUGGUCACAUAUCCGGAGCGUUGAUGAAUCCCUUUAUAGCAGUGCAAGCUGUGCUGUGGAAAAGAGUAUCCAUACCCGUUGGAAUAGCGUACAUUUUGGCUGAAUUAGCAGGAGCCUGUGCUGGAUAUGGAAUUUUAGUGGCUGUCGCUCCAGUUGAUAUGGCGGGAGAAGGUGUGUGCUUGUCGUUGCCGCAUCCGAUGCUUAAUAAUUACCAAGCACUUUGUGUGGAAAUAGUGUUAUCGGCAGCGCUGUCGUUGGUGAAUUGCUCAGUAUGGGAUCCUGUCAAUGAAAGUAGACAGGAUUCUGUGCCAUUGAAAUAUGCUCUUGCUAUAUCAGCUUUAGCGUUGGCUGGAGGGCCACUUUCAGGUGGCAGUAUGAAUCCGGCAAGAUCGUUCGGUCCAGCUCUAUGGGCGAUGAAAUGGGACUCUCAUUGGGUUUACUGGGUAGGUCCGUUCAUCGGUGGCAUUGCGCCUGCGAUUUUAUAUAAGUACAUAUGGUUAAUGAAGAAUAAUUCAAAAGUGUCAUAA